UUGCUUGGAAUUUCUGUGUUUCUGCAAUUUGCAGGUAGCAGGAAACAUAGCUAUGAGACUGGCUUCGAUACAGAUCUAGUAGAGCCCGCAUUGUCCGCUAUCAAAAUGCAAAAAAUUCGAUUCCCAGGAAACAUCGUCGUCAAUGAAACUGGCGAAUUCGAGCUGAUGCUGGACCCAGAGGUUCCCCGGUAUACAGGUCAUCCAACUCGCGAACUCGACGCCGCGUGGGAUCGUCUUGUCGGUAAUAAAUCCGAAGCGGAUCGGAUUCACGGCGAAGUGUCCGCCGACGGCGGCCAGUACUUUGUAGUUCCUCAUGUUCGACACAGCUUACACUGUGUGAACUAUCUCCGCAAAGUCGCCUAUGAUAAAUGGUACCCGACGAUCCGGACUGAAAACAAGCCGACGGUGCCUACCUUCAGACAGCACGUCGGUAAAGUAGAUCACUGCGUAGAGAUGCUUCGGCAAACGGUUCAGUGUCAGUCGGAUUUGACGCCUGUGCCGCAUAUUUGGUCCGAGGAAAAAGGCAUGUAUCUGGCUGAUACUUCGUUGGAGCAUACGUGUCGAGAUUAUGAGGCGAUUAUGGAAUGG